AUUUGUUUUCCCCCAAUGGCUCCUUGCACUCUUUCUCGUUUCCUUGGAGUUGAGGAGCUAAUGAUCCAAGUUCCGCAGCUAAUUUGUCAAACAGUUACGGCGCGCCACUUGUGAAAUUGCCUAUAGAAUUUAUUUCACGUAGCAAAGAUUUCGAUUUCAGUUUUCUCAAGAAACUUGCAAGGAGAUAUUAAUCAGGUAGGGAUUGGGAAUGGACAGCGACGAGGAGGAUUUCGUCUUCUUCGGAACGCCUAUAGAGCGAGAGGAAGACGUCUCCAGCCGGAAGAAGAAGGCCGUCGCUGAGGCCUCCGGCCAAUUGCGCAGCCUUCCAGCUUGGAAGCAAGAGGUCAGGGAUGAAGAGGGUAGAAGGAGAUUUCAUGGUGCAUUUACUGGUGGUUAUUCUGCAGGAUAUUACAAUACAGUUGGCUCAAAAGAAGGAUGGACUCCACAGUCAUUUACAUCGUCUCGGAAAAGCAGAGCUGAAGUCAAGCAGCAAAGUAUUUAUAACUUUUUGGAUGAUGAUGAGAAAGAUGAAAUGGAGGGCCACCUUGGGACUUCGUCACAGUAUGAUACAUUUGGAUUUACUGCUGCUGAACUUGCUCGUAAACAAGCUGAAAAGGAGCAAAAGCAGAGGCCAUCAGUUAUUCCCGGACCUGUUCCUGAUGAGCUAGUAGUUUCAGCAGCUGAGUCCAUUGGAGCAAAGUUGCUGCUGAAGAUGGGAUGGCGGCAUGGUCGUUCAAUCAAGGACUCGAAUGCUGAUUCACUCUAUGAGGCUCGCAGAGAAGCAAGGAAAGCCUUUUUGGCACUUUCCUCUAAUGAUGCAAAAGGUCAACAUGUGGGUUCUGAACAGUUUGAACAUGAUAUCCAUCCCAUUGAUCUGCCAGCUGAUGAUGAUAGUCAGUUCUUUAAGAGCACACCGAAUUUUGUUCUUAGUCCAAAACAAGACCUGCAUGGCUUAGGCUAUGAUCCAUUCAAGCAUGCUCCUGAAUUUAGAGAAAAGAAGAGGUCACGUGCAUCUGGGAAGAAGGACAUUGGACAUCAAGGGCCCCUCUCAAUGAAGGAUAGUCUCUUUGGUUUUAAAUCUGGAAGGGUUGCUCCUGGCUUUGGAAUUGGGGCUCUUGAGGAUUUGGAUGUUGAAGAUGAAGAUGUGUAUACCUCAGGUUUUGAAAUCGAAGGUUCAUAUGUUGAAGAAGUUGAGGAGCCUCCAUUACCAACAAAGGAGAAUGUAAAGAUGUUGGAUAAUAAAAAGCAUGAUGUUCUGCCUGGUUUUAAGGCUGCCUCGAAUUCUGAAUAUCAGUUAGAAAGAUUUGAUCCUCCAGUGGUUCCAAAAGAUUUUAUCCCCUUUCACAAAUUUACCGCUCCUCUUGAAGUCAACAGUAGAGUUGCUGAAUCUCCACCCCCAGAGGUUCCACCUCCAGAGGAUAAGAACCUUAGAAUCUUAAUUGAGGGUUUAGCAAGUUUAGUAGCUCGUGCUGGUAAACUAUUUGAGGAUCUUUCUCGGGAAAAAAACCAGUCAAACCCUUUGUUUGGUUUCCUUACUGGAGGGAGUGGCCAUGAAUAUUAUUCAAGGAGACUUUGGGAGGAGAGACAGAAGCAUAAUGGUCAAACAGCAAAGCAUUUGGAAGGCAAAAUACAACAAAAUUCUCAGAUGACAGCAGAGAGCCGUGGAAAAAUUUUAGGGGAGAAGCCUCUAGAAAGAAGCUCGAGAGAGACGAGCUCCACUGUAACUCCUGCUGAUGCCAUCAAUUUCCAGUCCAGUCUCAACGAAACAUUUACUAAGUCUUUACCAAUGACUGAGAUGCCUGAAGCUGGAAAACCUUUCCGAGAUGAUCCUGCAAAACAAGAAAGAUUUGAACAGUUCUUGAAGGAGAAAUAUCAAGGAGGUCUUCGCCCUAAAGAUUCAGGAGGAUCUAGUACAAUGUCAGAAGCGGCUCGUGCUCGUGAAAGGUUAGAAUUUGAGGCUGUUGCUGAGGCUAUAGAGAAAGGGAAAUGGGGGAUAGAAAGCAAACCCCCAAAUGAGUUGUUUUCAGAUACACUAGCUGUAGCAGCGUCAAGAUUCACUUCUAGCACAGUCGAGAACACUAAAGUUGAUCGUGAUGAGGAAUUGGCUAAAAAGAAAUUGUAUCCUAAAAGGGAAGAGUUUCAGUGGCGUCCUUCACCUAUUCUGUGCAAGCGUUUUGAUCUAAUUGACCCCUACAUGGGCAAGCCACCACCAGCUCCACGUGCAAGGAGUAAAAUGGAUUCUCUUAUAUUCAUGACAGAUUCUGUUAAAAGUGCUAAGGUGGAGGAGAGUGUUACUGAUAGACUAUUUUCUGUUUCUGAGGCCAGUCAAGAGGAAAUAAGAACUCAAAAGGAGAUUGAGGCUGAGAUAGAAGUUGAAAAUGUUGAAAGGCCUGUUGACUUAUACAAGGCUAUAUUUUCUGAUGAUUCAGAUGAUGAGGAAAUUAUGAAUCGCACCCAAGCGAAGGAUCCUGAGGAGAAGGUUGAGGUUGCUAAUACAACUCUAAAUCGAUUAAUUGCUGGUGACUUCUUAGAAUCAUUGGGUAAAGAGUUAGGCCUAGAAGUUCCCCCAGAUGUAACUUUCCCAGAAACCAAAGCUAGCACUACAGACAAGGAGAUCUUCAAUGCAGAAAGACCCAUUGGGAAUAAAACAUCUUCUGCUGAUAAUGCUAGAAAUGUUGAAGCAAUGCCGGAUAAACCUCAUCUGCAGGAGAUCCUUCAAGGGGAUAGGUUGAAGUCAGGAGGAUCAGUGGAUUUCAUAUCUCAUAGGAAUGAUAGCCGAACAGUUAGUUCUGGAGGCUAUGGGAGCGACAUGAACAGAAAUAUCCCACAAAAAGGUCAAACUGAUAUAAACACAAAAUCUGAAGCUAGUCAGCGUCAUGAUUGGAGCAGUAAUUCGUCAGAGGAAAACAGAAGCAGAAAACGCAAGCAUAAUCGGCACAGAACAAGUGACAGUUCAGAUAGUGAUUUAUCUGAUUCAUCUGACGACUAUAGAGAUCGGCGUCAUGAAAAAUCUAAAAGAGAAAAGAAUCGAUCAUCAAGGGAUAGAAGUAGUAGCAAGAGGCACUCAAAGCACCAUAAGCAUCGGAGGCGCAGCAGAUCUUCUCAUCAUCAUUCUGGGAAAGAACGUGGAGAAUCCAGAAGAGAGAAACACAAACAUAAAGAAUAGUGGAAGUUGGUUUAUAUUGCCAGAGUGCUGUGAUCAGAGGGUUACCCAUUCCCCAUUGAAGGUCCUAUUAACAGUAUCUGCUCUUCAACAGCAGAUGAGUCCAUUUUGGGUGGUGGAUUGCAAGUGAUGUGGGCGGUGGGUCAUUAUUUCUAUUCUAUAAGAAAAAAAAAAGUGGCAUUUUAUUUUAUGCAAUUCUCUUAUUUUAUGUUUGAAAUUAUAAUUUCAGGUUAGACUUACAAGUUACAAACUUGCUCCUAACAGGAAGUGAUAUAAUCCAUGUAGUCUUCUUCAUCAGCAGUGUACUAUGGAGUAUGGAUGAAUACAAUAUAUACUACCUAUUCCUGACUGCCAUAAACUUUUCGAACUAGAGUUUAUUUCAUUUUGGCUUUGACUAUAA